GCCAAGAAGUGAGAGCUUUUUUUAUAGUGCGCGUUCAUCCCCGCGGUAUGCUUGCGAAAGAGUAGUAAACUCGGACCCUUCGUUUGGCCGCAGUGACGUCGUCGAUCGCAAGAAGGAAAUAGAAAAAUCAAAAAAGUCGCCCAUUUGUAAAUAUGCGCCUUGCGCUGAACUCGGAAUUUGUCAGCCCGCCAAACAUGGCGAGAAACUGAAAACUUAGCCAGCAUGUAGUCGUAUUUGCUUUUUCGUGGGGGUUCUACAUUGGGAGGCGUUGUUGUUGAAAAACAAAAAGUCCGCAACUUGGAAUUGCAUGAACUCAUUGUCAAACACAAUCACAAACUCUCUUGCCCGUAUGAAAGGAGCUCGUCUGACAAAUCGAAAGACUCUUGCCUCCUGAGUAACAUCGAAGAGGCCCAAGCAGAAAUGGACAACUCUCGUACUAAACUCGGUCGUAAACUUCUAUUCGAGCGACAUGUUUUUGUUUUGUCUGGUACGUUGAUGUUUACGUUCGGGAUGUAAACACGCAUCAAUUAUCGAGACAGAAGACUAGAUUAGGUUCAUAGAUAGAGCGAGCACGUGAAUCUUUUUCUCCGUCGGCCGAAAGUAAAAAUAGGGACGCAACAUGCCACCUAAAGAGCCACAGAAGGGGGCCAGUGCGCGAAGCUCAUCGGCUCACCGGAGGACCGCGGGCGGGUCCCGUAACCUCUCAGCAAAAGGCAAGGACGCCGCAGCAACCUCGGUGCCGGCGCAGCAGGAUACUACUAAAAUCUUCUCUACGGCACCGUCUGGCGGGACAGAGAAGAAAAAAAAUCCACGCGACGAACUUGCAGCAGCCGCGGCUUUAGCAACUAGAUGCAAGGACGGCUCCAAGGGAAAGAGUGCGGCCGUGUUCAAGAAAAACCCCGCCACUAGUCAUCCCUCGUCUAGCAGCUCAUCCUCUAUCUUCGUCUCAGAUCGCGCCAAUGCCGCAACCAAAAGCAAAAACAAGGAAGCGGGUGGCAUAGCGCCAUCAGCAUUGACACGCGGACGAAGUACUGACGUCAAGAACAAAUCCAGUGCUGGCAGUAGUAGCUCCGGAACCGCAACAAGCUCCAAGUCGGUGAAAAAGGUUGUAUCAUCCGCCUCCGUUGGUCAUGGUCGCAGCAAGGGCGCAGCUUCUUCAGUAGCAGUACCACCACCCGGCAACGUGAACAAUGCGGCCCUGGAUGCCGCUUCUGCUGAUGAGGGACCUGCUCCUGCAGUACGGCGUCGACAAAAAAAAGACAGCUUUGAGAAGGGCGUGUUCAUGCCGCAAUUUCUGUUCAAUUUCGAAAACGAACGCGAGAAGGACCAGCUUGCUAAGCCCGAAAAAUACGAGUCCGACGGCGAGACUGUGACGGAAGCCUGGAAGGACUACACUCGAGCUAACCACGCCAGGCGCGAGCGGCUCCGGUAUUGGUCCAGCAAGCCUCUCACCGCAGAGACAAACAACAACCGUCAAGGGGCAUCAGCAUUCCAGACCAGGUUCGAGCAAUGGCAACGCGACUACAGGUAUCGAGAGCAUCCGGGGCCAGCUAUUCGCGCGACGGAGCAGGGGAGUGAAGCGGCGAAAGCUGGCGAUGAGGACCACGCUCAUGAUGAUGAAGAUGAAGAUCAUUUUUUUCAAGCGGAAGAAAAAGAUGAUGGCGAUGAUGAUGAUGAUGAUGAAAUCCAUGGUGAUGGAGUAGAAGACGUUGCUGCAGAGAUCGCCAGCUUCGAUGAUCUCCUGGACGACGACAUUAAAGAGAGCAGUAUGCCGAUUGCGGUCCGCACCAAGAAACAGGACGCAAAGGCGCUCCACACACUGGAGAUCCACCAGAAGCAGAACAGCACAGCAGCAGCAGAACAGCAGCCCCGUCUGCAGCAUCGCGAUAACCAUGGUGCGAAACAACUACCACCACCCGCCUCGCCUUUGCGAGACAGGAAGCAGAGCAUCAACAAGCGCCAAGUCGCUGCGGACGUUUUCCAGUAUGGACUCGAAGCAGAGGCGGAGAUGGAGGAGAUGAACUCAGUUGCGCAGAUCGACUUGGAAUUAAACGGCUCAACUCCAGGUCCGGACGAGAGCAAGAAUGAAGACGAGCAGCUGGCCUUGAAUAGUAAGAAGGCGAAGUUUUUUGCUCUGAACAGUACGAAGAACAAAAGCAAAGAAUCAAUCUUCUUGCGGAAUAACGGCCCCGGAAGCAGCUUGUUGUUCUCACGGAGCGCAACUCCGCGGAAAAGCACCCCAAGACGUGUGACCGCACAUGACAGAAGGGAGUUGCUUCGCGACAAAAUCGCGAUCGAGAAGUUGGACACGGCGCGCAGAAGCAGGAAGUCAGCUGCAGCAUCUUCUGCAGAUAAACCAUCAGCGCCUGUCACUCCUGCUUCCUCUUCUUCGGCUGACAUAGGAACUUCGCAGGAAAGCGGUCAAGCAGCGCGGACGACUCCUGUUUCGCAGGAACGUGGAUUAGGGGGCGACGUCGCGGGGGAACCCUCUGUGACCUAUGGCAACGAAAUCUUGAGUCCUGGCAGCCGGCAUUUUUGACGAUUCUACUUUUUUGCAUUCCCAUCAUAAGCUGCUUCGUUCGUUUGUCAGCCACAGGCAAAUCGUUUUCGUCGUGGUUGCAGACGACCAUGGGGGUGUUGCCACAGCUGCUGGCGCUCUCGAAAAUGAAAUGCUCCAAAAGCACGAGUUUGCUGUGGUCCUUGACUCAAAAAUUUUAUUGCGAUAGCAACCACGCCCUGGAACAAGGAAGGCAAGAAGUGGUUUCUGGACGAGUGGCUCCGCCGCUAGCAGAUAGAGGGUAUGCGUUGCAAACGUGUCAGUCUGGGUUUGGAAGAGUUUCGAUGGUGAUGCUGCCUCAGAUUUCAAAGGGAAAGAAAAGAGAAUCCGUAUUGCAGAGCAGUUUUUUCUACACGGAGAGCGCAUUUGUCAUGCAGGAGAGGCAUUAAAAACCCGAUGCUAGAGCAUGCAUUGACAGACCAGAGUGCCAUGGUGCAUGGCAAGCUUUGCAGAGUCCCAGACCCAGACAUUUUGCAUUUGAUGGCGGCAUCGAUCUCGUAGCUGCAGAAAGCUCUCUGCUCGCCUCCGCAACAACCCGUGGCACAAGCCGUCUCGACCAUGGAGACCCCUGCUCAGGCACCACGGUGCGCGCCGAGCCGUCCAAACGAUGUCGGGAAAGCAUCGAAUUUUUCAAGCAGUUUGCAUUGCUAUCGCCCGAGAAGAAUCUACUGGUGUCAUUGUGGUGUACUUUAUGGUCAAUGUCUUCCAAAGUCGGACUGCGCUUGUUCUUCCAACGCUAGAACUACAUAGCGUUCGCGUGACAUGAACACGCGUGCUCGUGAAAGUGAUAUUUUAUUCCCGCUUGCGCGUGGUCCACUCUGAAGCCCUCGCUUCCGUCCAGGUCUUGCGCCAUCGUCUCCCUGAAGAAAUUGUUGCUUGAUAUUUUUUCUCGUUGAUAGUUGCAUUCGGCGAUUGUGUUGUUCGGGAGUUUUUUCGAGAUCGGGCUUGGCGUCGAACGGAUCUUCCUCUACAAAGCAAUCUCGGUGCACCACAGUGACUCGCGCGUGCUCUUUCUGCUGUGGGGGCUUCGAGCGGUUUUUGUGCUGAUCGUCCUCUUCCUGAAGUGGAGCGCACAGUGCCGCUCCUUUCUCCUGGGGGUUCUCGGGACCAAUGUCGGGCUGUUUUGCGCAAAGCGGUUCGACGAACAGGCAGGGUCGGGGUAAGUGCGCGAGUCUUUGUUUAGUUCCAAAAAAGCAUGGUCAUUCGCACUCCAUAAAAGGACUCCGCAUUCUAAGUGUUCGAAAUGUUUCGCCUUCUGCUCGACGAGCGAGUCCGUGUAAGUCUAAACUUCUUUUAUUUGAAGACCACCAUUGACACUGAGUGUCCGGGAAAGUCAAUUGAUGUAUACUAGAAACAUCACAAAAAAAAACAAUUGAAACUACAGAAACUGGUGGACCGGGGCUGCGCUGAUGGACUAUACAAGCGACGGGGGCAUGUGGCGAUGGCUGGAAGAAAAUCUUCACGCAUGACGCUGCGCCUCCGUUUGGGACAACAUGAAGGCCGCGGGAUGUCAUGCACUGACUUGGCUAUAUUGGCAUGGGCAUCGCUAGCUUGCACCAAUCAAAUUUACUUAUUUACAACGCUUCGGAGUUUCGUCAGUUUGGCACAAGAACUACAGCCAGCAUUCCAUCACGCGGGCGGAAAAGUAAUCAAAUCAAAGAACAGUUGAAGACAGACGCAAUCUCGUUGCUCCGAAAUCUUGCGUCCGGAAAGGUUCAGAUGCACGAUAUCAAUUAUUCGGAAUUACCAAGCUUCAUCAGAUGUACAUAAUAAGAUACAAUCCCUCGAACGAAAGGUCUAUCAAUUGGAAUUUUUCGAAAGCUUCAACAGAUGUACUAUAUCAAGCAUUUUUGUGUGCGUACAACAACAAUUGUGUGGAGCGGAAAAA